UAGCAGGCUGUCAGAAUGGCCGGUCCCGUGCUCCCGAGGUCUCUGCUCCGGGCCGUGAAUGACCUGCUGCGGAAGAGGAGAUACCGGGCGGCGCUGGCCGUGCUGAAGGGAUUCCGCAAUGGGGUCAGAUAUGGAGCUAAGAUCCGGGCCCCGCACGCGCUGGUGAUGACGUUCCUGUUUAAACGCGGAAGUAUAAGAGAGAAGCUGACCGCCAUCUUACAAGCGACAUUCACACAUUCCCGCAAUCUGGCGUAUUUCGUCUUCACGUAUAAGAGUCUAUUGGCUGCUCAAGAGAAAAUACAUGGAAGCAAAUGGCAAUUUCACUCCUUCCUGGCGGCCUGCGUGGGGGGAUGGUUGGUGUUCGGUGAGAAUAAUCACAUCAAUAGCCAGAUAAACAUGUACUUACUGUCCCGUGUCCUCUUCGGUCUGUCCAGACUGGCGGUGGAGAAAGGCUUCAUCCCCGAACCCAAACACGACGUCUUCCCCCUCUUCUCCGCCGCCGUGUGGGGUUUUGUGCUGUGGCUCUUUGAAUACCACCGACACACCCUCCAGCCAUCUUUACAGUCCUCCAUGACUUAUCUGUACGACGACAGCAACAUCUGGCACGACAUCUCCGACUUCCUGAUCUACAACAAAGCCGAGCCGGCCAAAUAGUGCGUUACCGGGAGGGGUGGGGGCCUCCGACUACGGCCAUCACGGGCCGGGAAAAAUCAGGGAUUGAAGCGGGAGAAGGGAGAACGAUCCGACGCUAAAGGCAAAGUUUCGCUAUAUUGAAAUGGACAGACAGGUGAUAGCACACCUACGCGAUUCCGGCGCACGCGCCGGAAUCACGUCUGAGGGUCUCCUAGGUGUGCUAUUACCUGUCUGUCCGUUUCAAUAUAGCGAAACUUUGCCUUUAGCGCCGGGUCCUUCUCCCUCUGAAGUAUUGCACUGACUGGGUGGAGGAUGCGGGCAUCAGGGUAGCGGUAAACCGGACUGUCACUUGUUCCAUACACAUUGAAGCGGGAGACCUCAUUGAAUGAAUGAUGCCGAUCUCUCACAUUGGCGCCAUUGCAGACAUAAUGGUGGUUGAUUUACUAACGUGAUCCCGACUCUUCUUUUGUCGGGUUUUGCGCCCAAAUUGUCACCAAUUUGCAAACAAAAAAAAACCUUCAUUUUACAAGGAGAAAAAAAAACUUUAAAAAAAAUCUGGAAAGGGGGCGUGACAAUUGGGAAAAGUGGGUGUGGUCCUGACAAAAGGGGCGUAUCCCCGACAGUUUUGAAAAAUCCCAACAUAUUUAGUAAGGUUAUCACAGAAAAUGUGGUGGAUUUGAGCUGAGGGAAAAAUCCGACAGAUCAGAAAAGUUGUGUAAAAAAAAAAAUAAAAAAAAUAUAUAUAAAAAAAAAACGUAGGGAAAAGUGCGAAACCUUAGUAAAUACCUUGAGAAAAUACCUGUCGGAAAUCCCAAACCCACGAAGAAAGCUACACGCCACUCUUAGUAAAUAAACCCCAAUAUGUGCCGUCACAUCUCUAUUAUCUGUUACUAUUGGGGUAGCAAGGUUCUGGAUUAUCGAAUAUCCUUAACCUCAGGUGGUAAUCGUAACCCAAGGUUAAAGGGGUACUCCGGUAAAAAAAAACUAUAUAUUUUUUUUUAUAUCAACUGGCUCCAGAAAGUUAAACAGAUUUUUAAAUGACUUCUAUAUAAAAAUCUCAAUCCUUCCAGUACUUAUCAGCUGCUGUAUGCU